ACUGCGGGCGCAAAAAUCACCUCCCCGACGAUAUAAACCGAUGCACACCGGGCGACGAAGCCCAAGUAAACCCUCGGCGAAGCCACAAACGAAUCGGCAAUUAUUCAAAACAUUAUCCGACACCACGUGUGUAUGAGCGUCUGCGCGUCAUUGCGGAAAGGCAGCGUCGGUAUUGGCUGUGCCACAUAGGCAACUUUAGUGUAGAACAACCCUGUACAAGGAACUUACGAACUUGAAAGUGUGUCCAAAAUGAAUACCUGUUGAAAUGUGUCCGCCUGGUCUGGUGACGGGUUGGCCUGACAAAACAGGAUGCGCGUGAUUAUCAAAGGCGUCCUAUGUGUAUAUUCAUCGGUAUAGAAUUCUACGAAGUGGGCCGUCCUGUUUGGCCUUCUACUCAGAUUACUUUGCCAAUGCAAAUUUUGGCCAUCGUGUCAGGCCUAAUAUUGGCUCUCGUUGGACGUGCGUAUACAGGCAGACUUGGUGGUUUAUCUCUUGGCGGGCACGGUUCUGGAGGCGCCCACGGUGGAAGCAUUGGGGGUGGUCACGGCGGAUUUGUUGCUACGCCAGUUUCCUUUGGUCACGGAGGAUUCGUUACAGGCCGCCACGGGACAGGCUACUCCGUUAAAAUUUCUCCAAUCUUGGUCGGUCACGGCCUCGGGCAUGGAUUUGGAUUGGACGGCCAUGGCCAUGGUUUCCACAGAUCACUUGUUUACGGCCCGGUCAAGGUCAAAGGGGAUAUUCAUUCUGCCAAGAAAUACGCACCGUUAGCCUAUGGACACGGAUGGUAAAAAAAAAACCGCUCGACAUAUGAUGCAUGGAUUACUAUGCAUAGGAAGGCUUCGAAACGCACUCCGCUCUUUAAGGCACAUUCGUAAACAGAAGUAAUUUAAUUAUAAUGAAAAUCGUAUCUUUAAGUAGGCAAUCGUUACGCAAAACAGGCUGCAUCAGCAAAAGUAUUAUUUAAGAAUAGACAACAAAAUUGACUAGUAUUGAUUUUAAAUUGUGCCAAAAGUAUUUCCACAUUGAUUAAGAUGUAGAUACUGAAAUUCACCGCGAUAUGGGUGCUAAAAUGCUGAACUAGCCUAUCGCUGGACUAGCUAUCGCACUUUUAUU